AUGGUGAAGGGUGGUGAAGCAGCCAGUGGUGAACAUCACGAGGAGACGUGGAGGAGGCCGUAUGAGGGCAUCAAAACAGCAGCAGGACCGCUACCUUCUCUUUUAUUCAAGGAGGAACAGGAGGAGUACUGUCAGACCCUGGAAAAUGACCUUCAGCAGGCCACAAAGUCAUCCAGCUCUUCUCAGGAGCGUCUGCACCAGCUGCCCUUUCAGCCAACCAUGGAUGAGUUGCACUUUCUGUCUAAGCACUUUGGCAGCACAGAGAGCAUCACAGACGAUGACGGGGGGCGACGUUCGCCACAUGUGCGACCUCGCUCCAGAAGCCUCAGUCCGGGGCGCUCCCCAUCCUGCUAUGACAAUGAAAUAAUGAUGAUGAACCAUGUCUACAAGGAACGCUUCCCCAAGGCUACAGCUCAGAUGGAGGAGAGGCUGGCAGAGUUCAUCCAGAAUUACUCUCCAGAGAACGUUCUGCCCCUGGCUGAUGGGGUCCUCAGUUUCAUCCACCACCAGGUUGCUGAGAUGUCCAGAGACUGCCUGACCAAAUCGCACGAGGGGCUGAUUACAAGUGUUUAUUUCCGAGAGCUGCAAGAGAAUCUGGAGAAACUGCUCUACAAUGCAUAUGAACGCUCAGAGAGUUCGGAGCUUACCUUCGUCACCGAGCUUGUCAAAAAGCUCUUUAUCAUCAUAUCUCGUCCUGCAAGGCUGCUAGAGUGUUUGGAGUUCAAUCCAGAGGAGUUCUACCAUCUACUGGAGGCUGCAGAGGAUCACGCCAAAGAGGGACAACUAAUGAAGGCAGACAUCCCCAGAUAUAUCAUCAGUCAACUUGGGCUGACCCGGGAUCCGCUAGAAGAAAUCGUGAGCCUUGACAGCUAUGACAGUGAGGGUCCACAUACCCCAGAGACGGAUGACUCAGCCGAGGGAAAAGGCAAAUCCAUCAAGCCACCCUGUGAGGAAGACUUUCAGACCAUCAAACUGAUCAGCAACGGAGCUUAUGGUGCCGUGUAUCUGGUGCGGCACAGGGAGACACGUCAGCGGUUUGCCAUGAAGAAGAUCAACAAGCAGAAUCUGAUCCUGAGGAACCAGAUCCAGCAGGCGUUUGUGGAGAGGGACAUCCUGACUUUUGCAGAGAACCCUUUCGUUGUGUCCAUGUUCUGUUCCUUUGAAACACGCCGCCAUCUCUGCAUGGUUAUGGAAUAUGUGGAAGGUGGGGACUGUGCCACUUUGCUGAAGAACAUCGGCGCUCUGCCUGUAGAGCUAGCAAGGAUGUACUUUGCUGAAACCGUUUUGGCUUUGGAGUAUCUACACAACUAUGGUAUCGUUCACAGAGACCUGAAACCUGACAAUCUACUGAUCACCUCCAUGGGGCACAUUAAGCUGACAGACUUUGGGUUGUCAAAGAUGGGUCUAAUGAGCCUCACCACUAACCUUUAUGAAGGACACAUAGAGAAAGACGCUCGGGAAUUCCUGGACAAACAGGUGUGUGGGACCCCUGAGUACAUCGCUCCUGAGGUGAUUCUCCGACAAGGCUACGGAAAACCUGUGGACUGGUGGGCCAUGGGCAUCAUCCUGUAUGAAUUCUUGGUGGGGUGUGUGCCUUUCUUUGGGGACACACCUGAGGAGCUGUUUGGACAGGUCAUCAGUGAUGACAUAGUUUGGCCAGAAGGUGAUGAGGCUUUGCCUGCAGACGCCCAGGCCCUCAUCUCUGCUCUGCUGCAGACCAACCCUCUCGUAAGGCUGGGCACAGGUGGAGCUUUUGAGGUCAAACAGCACUCUUUCUUUUCCACGCUGGACUGGAACAGUUUGUUGAGACAAAAAGCCGAGUUUGUCCCCCACCUGGAGUCUGAGGAAGACACCAGCUACUUUGACACCCGCUCAGAUCGUUACCACCACAUCAACACGUACGAUGAGGAUGACACCAAUGAUGAUGAGCCCGUAGAGAUCAGACAGUUCUCCUCUUGCUCUCCUCGCUUUAGUAAGGUGUACAGCAGCAUGGAGCAUCUUUCCCAGCUGGAGCAGAAAGCUACAACCUCUGUUUCCCGUCGGGAACACAGAAGCCCACGGGAGGACAAGGUGACGAAAAGAGAGAGCCUCGGAAGCUUCGGCAUGAGGGAGAAAAGCUGGAGGACUGGGUCUCCGGAGAUGAAGCGGCUGUCCUGCUCUGAGUCUCUGUACUCGGAAGGAGAUGCGAGUCCUCCUCUUGGUGCCAGGCGCCGCUUCUCAGCUUUGAUGGACACCCAUCGUUUUGCCUCAACUUUUGAAGGGGAGUCGGAUUCUCUGACCCGCCAGAACCUGAUGAGGUUCAGAGGAACCUCACUAGAUGGGACAACCGUCCCUUCACCAAGCCUCUUGGAGCACAGGCCCUUUGUGAGGGAGCUCAAUGGAGCAGAGAAAUCACCCAGACUUUCAGAGACAUCCAACAUAAGCUCAGCCAUCAUGACAUUAUCCCCUGGUCCUGUCGCGCCCUGUCGAGAUGUGAUCACCCCUCUGUAUGACCCCUUGGGGGCUAGAGCCACCAAUGACCUGGUCCUCCGCCGGGCACGCCAUCACCACUUAUCUGGCGACGGAGAAAAACGGAACUCACGACAAGGAAACAAGGUCAUCAAGUCAGCGUCGGCCACAGCUCUGUCUGUUAUCAUCCCGUCAGUGGAGCAACAUGGUGGCUUCUCUCCACUGGCCAGCCCCAUGUCACCUCAUUCCUUCUCCUCCAACCCCUCAUCCCGUGACUCCUCACCGAGCCGAGACUUCUUUCCUGCGGUCACCGUUCUUCGAUCCCCGAUCACAAUUCAUCGCUCUGGGAAGAAAUACGGCUUUACCCUAAGGGCUAUCAGAGUUUACAUCGGAGACAGUGACAUCUACAGCGUCCAUCACAUGGUUUGGCAUGUGGAGGACGGAGGCCCCGCUCAGGAAGCCGGUCUGUGCGCAGGUGACCUGAUAACGCACGUCAAUGGUGAGCCGGUCCAUGGUUUGGUCCACACUGAAGUGGUGGAGCUCAUCCUCAAGAGUGGCAACAAGGUGACGGUGACAACUACGCCUUUUGAGAACACCUCCAUUAAAGUGGGGCCAGCCCGUAAAGCCAGCUACAAGUGCAAGAUGGCUCGACGAAACAAGAGGACAGCUGGGAAGGAAAGUCAGGACAGUAAGAAGCGCAGCUCCUUGUUCCGUAAGAUCACGAAGCAGUCCAACCUCCUCCACACCAGCCGCAGUCUCUCCUCUUUAAAUCGCUCACUAUCCUCCAGUGAGAGUCUUCCUGGCUCCCCGACUCAUAGCCUGUCUGCCAGGUCUCCGACUCAGGCCCACCGCUCGACGCCCGAGCCCUCCUACCUCGGAGCUUCUUCCCAGAGCAGCUCUCCUGCCUCCAGCACUCCAAACUCACCCUCUCCCUCUCAGCACAUGAGGCCCAGCUCAUUGCAUGGCCUUUCCCCAAAACUUCACCGCCAGUAUCGCUCUGCCCGCUGCAAAUCUGCUGGAAACAUCCCUCUGUCCCCUCUGGCACACACACCCUCCCCUACCCAGUCUUCCCCUCCUGCUAUGCCAGGCCACACCAUAGGAAGUUCAAACACGACACAGUCUUUUUCUGCAAAGCUCCAUUCCUCGCCACCAGUGGUCCGACCCAGGCCAAAGAGCGCAGAGCCCCCACGGUCACCUCUCCUUAAGCGAGUGCAGUCUGCAGAGAAGCUCGGCUCUCCUCUGACCCAGUCCAGUUCAACCGGAGGACUUGGAGGUCCGCUGAGGAAGCACAGCCUAGAGGUGCAGCACUCUGAGUACCGCAAAGAUGCCUUCCUCUGUGAGCUUGGACUCCAGAGCCUGAUGGAGACGGAAGGAGAGAACCUGCCUCCCAAUGUUCCAACACCGCCAGUUUCCUCCACUGUCCCAGAGACUGGUGUGCUGAAGCCUGUAAGGAGGCUUGGGAGACAGGAGUCACCCCUCAGCAGGGAGACUCUGCUAGCUGGAAGGGAAAGGGAAGAGAGAGAAAGAGGGAGAGAAAGGGAAAAAGACAGAGAGAUGGGGAUAAAUCAGGCAAGUGGGCCAGGGUCACAGUCAUCUUUGGUGAGAAAAUCUCAUUCAAGUGACAUUAGCAUGAACUCCAAACACAGUGAGGAAAACAGAAAAUCCACAACUCCUGGUUCUCCUAUCAAAACUGCAGGCACACCUCCUGCACAACUAGAAGUUAAAAACAGCAAAGAUCUCCAGCUCAAGCAACAAGGAGGGAAACCUGAGCCAAAGCAAGAGGUAGAAAACAAAGAUAGAUCCUGUCUGACAACUGCUGCCUUAAAUAAGAGCUCUUCUACCUUGGAAAAAUCAACCGCAAUCAAAACAGGAGCUUCUCUGACCAUGAAUAAGACUUAUAAGUCAUCAGGUAUCGGAAACAACCAGCGGAAGUCUGACAACAAUGAUUCAAGAACUGCAGAGCUGGGCUCCAAAAGCCCAAAACUGCAAGCUCGGGUUCUGGCUCCUGUGGUUCCCUCACAUGGGCCGCCGCUCUCAAUGGGCAAAGUGAGGCAAGGGUUGGGUCCCGUUAAUUGUUACAGGGGAACUCUGGACUGGGAAGAUAAAUGUCGCCUGGAAGUGGUGGAGGAGCAUUCGCCCUCUCCGUCCCCCUCCCCAACAGCUGUCACGCCCUCUCUCUGUGGACCUUCGCUUUGUAAGUCGCGGCCUAUUUCCCCCGGAGACAAGACGAGUUUCGUCAGCCAGCUCACAACCGUGGCCAAAAAUGUCCUCGGACCAAUCAAGCUGGGCUCUACAGAGGGGGCCAAGAAUAAAGAGCAGCAGAACAAGGCAUCAGAGGAGAAGCAGGGGGCUGCCACUGGGAAGUUGGACCCUCCUGCAGGAGCUCGAGUGGUGACUCAAAGUCCUGGCAGUUCUCCGCUUGAAAAAGCAGCACCUGGGAACCUUCCAAAAAUGUGACCCCCCUCUUCCCGGGAUCUUCAAAUUAAGUCAGACACUAGAAGAAUAUACUAAAAACAUUUUUUGGAAGGGACAAAAUGAAAACGGCACUUAAAGAUGUACAUUCCAGUUUCAUAGUAUAUAAAGUCUUAUUUAUUAAUUAAAUCCUUGAAAAAUUCUAAUGUAAAAGCAGAAAAAAAAAGAAAAACCCGUAAAGGUGCAUUAACUGUUGGUUUUCUAUGAUGCAUACUUUAUAAAGACACAUAGUCACGUAAAGUGGAACACUUUAUCAGAUAUAUAUCUAUGUGUGUGGGUCAAUGUGAAUGCAUGCUAUGUACUGUACGUGCAUAAUAGGUACAAGAGGGUCAAAAAGUGCUUUACUGAUCAAAACAUGCUGAAUACUGUGAAUACCAAAUUCUUUUACUCUGUUUUUACCAAACCAGGAUGGGUUUUUUGUUGUUCAA